AGCAGUGAUGCAGUUACUACACGAAAACAAGACUCACUUGAUGACAGCGAAGGAUAGGAGCAUGAGUACCAAUAUGAGUGUCAAGGACUUGUCCGACAAUAUGGAGGUGAAGGAGAAAAGGUCCUCGGACGCGUCUUUGCUCCUCAUGAACCCGGUGGCGAGUGGAGACAACGUGACCACCGGGCUCAACUCCGCUCAUAAGCUGAAGGAAGAACUGCCGCCCCUAGUACCGUGCUGUGAAGGGAGAGAACUGCAGAUUAAUGAGGACCUGGUGCGAAGUGGACUCUCAGCGAUUUCCGUGAAACACGACAGCGUGAUACAAUGUUUGAGCAUGUCACGCGCCUGCGAGAGGAUGCAAAUACCGCCCGGCCUCGUUAAGCAUCGAAACUCCUUCCGGAGUCUCCACCGGCCCGAUUUGAAGCGUGUGCCGUAUCUGCGUCGCAUGUCACCUGAUGAACUGGAAACACUAUUCCGUGGUUACGCUGACUUGCCCACGAGAGGGAUUCCCAAAAAUGACGUUCGAGAGGAAAUUCCCAAAGUGUCUCUGCCGCCCGAUGAGAACGGACAAGGAAAAGAAUUGAAUAAAGUCAAGGAAGCUUGCAGACCAGAUGAGGGUAACGGUGCGAACGCCCUGCUCCCGAUUCUGGAGACCCGUUCGGGCGCGGAGGACGUGCCGGCCGGCAUGCGGCUGCACGGAGCACGCGCGAGGCUCUACACCUCCGUCCUGGCCGGCGCCAGGGCUGGCGAUCAGCUGGAUACGAAUAUUCAUGAUUCCAGCGGCAUAUCGAAUCACGAAGAGUACGACAAUCGCGUCCCCGAAGACUCGGUGCCUGACGAAGAAGUGCAACUCAAUGAGGAACUGCAGAUCAUCCUCCCGCCACGCUACGACGACGUCACGGCCGACUCGUCCAUCACCACCACAACCACAGACCAAAGCAUCAGUUAGGAGUUUGCACCCUAUCGCAAUGUGUUAAGGUACAAAUUACAAGGAAUUAAAUGACAAAUGAAGUUCAACGUGAAACCUGGUAUUGGCAUGAAAGCACGUCGACAAUUGAUACGGCUGAUACGCAA